AUGGCAGAGCUCUCCGAGGAAGCGCCUGCCACGGCUGGCAAGGACGUCGUCGACGCCCCCGUGACCCUUGUCGAGCCAGUUCUGGAGGAGGAGAAGAAGAAAAAGAAGAAAAAGAAGAAGAAGGGCAAGAAGACACCUAAAAGCCGAAAGAACAUCACCGGUUUCGAGGAGUUCUAUGCCGAUGCGCCCAUGACGCCUGCCGAGGCAGCUCUGGAAAAGAAGCAGCUGUAUGACCCUACCCGACCGUUCGCCGACCGAAUCGAGGAAUGCAUCCAGCGAUACAGAGCUCGCCGUCGCCUUGAUGAGGAGCGCACCCAGAUGUUCAACAAGUACCUCUUCCUGGGUGGCAUCGACAGUUCGCCGCGCCAGUUCACCGGCAUGGGCCUGGACAAAGAGGGGCUCGAGGAGGCCGAUGCCGAUCAGAUUCGCAGCAUGACUGCCGUUGAUUUCGUCGGUAACGCUGGCAGCCGCUUCUAUGACGGCACUGUCACGGAGCACUGGGAGGUUGACUUCGAGGCCAUCGUCAAAGGCUUCCUCUCCAGAUUCAUUCCUGACCUGUACAUGCACGACCCCAAGGCGAAUCAGACGGCCGCAGACCUCAUCAAGAACUUCCUGAACUACGUCCUCAUGCAUGAUGCCUGCCCAGAGUACACCGAGAACAUCAUGGCAGCUCGACAGGUUUGCGAGAUCGCCCCUACCGAGUUGAUGUACAUGCAUGAGCUCACGGUGGAGCUGCCGGGCCCUUUUAACAUCGCCGCCCGCAUACUUUUCUGCGACGGCCUGGUGAGCGAGAUGGACAAGCCCGAGGCUCUCGGUGCCUGGUUCAACUUCCGCCUCACGGUCCUCGUCUGGAACACCAUCAACGCGGAGGCCAAGACCAAGGUCAUGCAGUGCGAAGACCCCAAGUCCAUCCACGUCGUCGACACGAAGGAGCAGACGUAUAUGGUGGUCGACACCGAGCGACCUCGCCGCAAGGACAAGAAGAUGGUUGAGGAGCAGCUCGAGGAGAGCGGCCAGGGCGGCAAGAUCUUGCCGGCCGGCUUCAUCAGAGUGAUCCCGACCAUCAUCGCCCACGGCUACGGUAACCUCCCGCGGCCCGACGAGGUGGACCUGGACCUUUCCGAGGGCAAUGAGGAGCGGUUCAUCCUUGAGGACGUCUACCUCGCCAAGCUUGAAAACGGCAUGAAGAUCCGUAUGACGGUGUGCGAGCUCAACGUCGGUCUCCGCUUCAUCAAAGAGGUCCACGACCUGCGCGUCACCUUCGACACCUUCCUCCCACAGUACCUCAUGGCGAACUGGAAGGAUCCGGUCCCCAACGAGCGCCCGCCCCCAUCGGUCAACGACCCUGAUGUGAAUGAGAGAGCUAUGCAGGCUCUGUCUUUGGAUGAUUAG